AGGAGGUCAGAUGACUUCCUGGGAUCAAAGCCAGCUUCCUCUUGCUGUUACUUCAGCCGCUGGUCUGCAGACGUUUUUUCUUCUUCUUCUUCUAACUUCCCCUCCUGUGAGGGGGAGAUAAAUAUUAGAGAAACAAAAGUCCAGAAUGCUAAGGUUGCCACUCUCACUUCCUCUUGCCCUUUAACUCAUAACUGCUUUGAAUACAUUAAUUGCUGUGGGGCACCGAUCCAGGAGAGAAGGUACAAGCACCUCGGAGGCUCUGCCCGGCCAGGCGGUUACAGCGCGUCACCUUUUCACACGGCCACUGCUGGUCACAGAAAAUGCCAGGAUGAUGCCUCCCUCACGCCUGGCUGGGACUCUGAUCCCAGCCAUGGCCUUCCUCUCCUGCCUGAGGCCCGAAAGCUGGGAGCCCUGCGUGGAGGUGGUUCCUAACAGUACUUACCAAUGUGUGGACCUGAAUCUCUACAAAAUCCCUGAUAACAUCCCUUCCUCAACCAAGAACCUGGACCUGAGCUUUAACCCCCUGAAGCGCUUAGGCAGCCAUAGCUUCUCCAACUUCACAGAACUGAAAGUGCUGGAUUUAUCCAGGUGUGAAAUUCAUAUGAUUGAAGAUGAUGCAUAUCAGGGCCUAAACCACCUCUCCACCUUGGUAUUGACAGGGAACCCUAUCCAGAGUUUAGCCUCGGGAGCCUUUUCCGGACUAUCAAGUUUGCAGAGGCUGGUGGUUGUGGAGAUAAACUUAGCCUCUCUAGAGAACUUCCCCAUCGGACAUCUCAAAACCUUGAAAGAGCUUAAUGUGGCUCACAAUCUUAUCCAUUCUUUCAAGCUACCCAAAUAUUUUUCUAAUUUGCCCAUCCUGGAGCACUUGGACCUUUCUAAAAACAGGAUUCAAAAUAUUUAUCAUAAAGACUUGAAGGUUCUACAUGAAAUGCCCCUACUCAACCUCUCUUUAGACCUGUCCCUGAACCCAAUAGACUUUAUCCAACCUGGUGCUUUUAAGGAAAUUAAGCUUCAUGCACUGACUUUGAGAAGUAAUUUUAAUAGUACAAAUGUAAUGAAAAUUUGUAUUCAAGGUCUGGCUGGCUUAGAAGUCCAUCGGUUAGUUCUGGGAGAAUUUAAAAAUGAAAGGAAAGUGGAAGAUUUUGAAAAAUCUUCCCUGGAGGGACUGUGCAAUUUGAUCAUUAAAGAAUUCCGGUUAGCAUUCUUAGAUACAUCCCAGGAUAAUAUUAUUGACUUAUUUAAUUGUUUGGCAAAUGUUUCUGCCAUUUCUCUGGUGAGUCUGAAUUUUGACAGGCUAGAAGGCAUACCUAAAAAUUUCAGAUGGGAAUCUUUAGAAUUGGUUAAUUGUCAAUUGAAAAAGUUUCCCACUUUGGAGCACAUUUCUCUCAAAAGGUUUAUUUUCACUGCCAACAAAGGUGGGGACACCUUUGCAGAACUUCACCUACCAAAUCUUGAGAUUUUAGAUCUCAGUAGAAAUGGCUUGAGUUUCAAGGGUUGUUGUUCUUAUGCUGAUUUAAAGACAGCCAAACUGAAGCAUUUAGAUCUGAGCUUCAAUGGUAUUAUUUCCAUGAGUUCAAAUUUCCUGGGCUUAGAACAACUAGAAUAUCUGGACUUCCGGCAUUCCACUUUGAAACAGAGCAGUGAUUUUCCAGUGUUUCUAUCACUCAACAACCUCAUUUACCUUGACAUUUCUUAUACGCACACUCGAGUUGUUUUCCAUGGCAUCUUUGAUGGUCUAUUUAAUCUCCAAAUCUUGAAAAUGGCUGGCAAUUCUUUCCAGGAUAACUUCCUUCCAAAUAUCUUCACAAAGCUGACUAACUUGACCUUCCUGGACCUCUCGGAGUGUCUACUGGAACAGGUGUCCCAGGGAGCAUUUGACUCACUCCCCAGACUGCAGAUACUAAAUAUGAGUCACAACAACCUCUUGUCAUUGGAUAUACGUCCUUAUAAACAUCUGUACUCCCUCCAGGUCCUGGAUUGCAGUUUCAAUCGCAUAGUGGCUUCCAACGUACAAGAACCACAGCAUCUUCCACGUAGUCUAGCUCUCUUAAAUCUUACUGAGAAUAAUAUUGCUUGUGCCUGUGAACACCAGAGCUUUCUGCAGUGGGUCAAAGACCAGAGGCAGCUCUUGGUGGAAGUUGAACAAAUGGUAUGUUUGACACCUUUGGAUAUGAAGGACAUGCCUGUGCUGGCUUUUAGGAAUGCCACCUGUCACAUGAGCAAGACCAUUAUUAGUGUGUCAGUGCUCAGUGUGCUUGUGGUAUCUGUUGUAGUAGCUCUAGUCUAUAAGUUCUAUUUUCACUUGAUGCUUCUUGCUGGCUGCAAAAAGUACGGUAGAGGGGAAAGCAUCUAUGAUGCCUUUGUUAUUUACUCGAGCCAGGAUGAGGACUGGGUGAGGAAUGAGCUCGUAAAAAAUUUAGAAGAAGGGGUGCCCCCCUUUCAUCUCUGCCUUCACUACAGAGACUUUAUUCCAGGUGUGGCCAUCGCCGCCAACAUCAUCCAGGAAGGUUUCCACAAAAGCCGGAAGGUUAUUGUUGUGGUGUCCCAGCACUUCAUACAGAGCCGCUGGUGUAUCUUUGAGUAUGAGAUUGCUCAGACCUGGCAGUUUCUGAGCAGUCGCUCUGGCAUCAUCUUCAUUGUCCUGCAGAAGGUGGAAAAGUCCCUGCUGCGGCAGCAGGUGGAGCUGUAUCGUCUUCUCAGCAGGAACACUUACCUGGAGUGGGAGGACAAUGUCCUGUGGCGGCCCAUCUUCUGGAGACGACUGAGAAAAGCUCUGCUGGAUGGUAAAGCAAGGAGUCCAGAAGGAAAAGUGGAUUCAGAAAACAGCCAGUACGAAGCAACCACUUCCACCUGAGGAGGAAAAAACUGUGAGGUGCUUCUUGUCCAGCUGGACCCAACACUUGUUCAUUUAACAAGUAUUAAAUGCUGCACUGCUCCAGGCAUUAUGCUAAGGGCAAGUGAUUCAGUAGUGCACAAGAUAGACAACGGUACUACUGAUCUCAUGGAGUUUACAGAGCAGAGGGAAUAAAUACUAGGCUAAAAUAUGGAGUCUUUCCAGGUGGAUAUGUCAAUCAACUCAGCCAAGGCUUCAUGAUAGAGAAAGUCAGUUCAACUCUUAUCUCAUCAAAUGGAAUAGAACUUAGAGACUGGGUCCCAGUGAGAGCAGAAAGGGAUAUUAUUCUCCUCCUGAGUCUUUCGAAUGUAAACCACAUCAUGUAUUGCAUUUUAGCCAUCUUAAAACAGUUUUGGUAGUUUCAGCUGAACUGGGUAUUUGCUCACUUUUCCCUUUUCAAUUUAAAUUCUGCUUGAUGAGUCAGGAGGCUUCUGACCCAGGAUCCCCCUUCCAUUUUAAGUCAGUUUUUUUACAAAUGCUAAAGUCUUGUAACUAAUUCCUAAGGAAACCUUUUAAACACAUGCU